AUGCAGAAAGCCCGUCUGCCAGUGAAGCAGCUUGUCAUUUUGGCAAUAUGUCGAUUCGCUGAACCCAUCGUCUUCACAUCUAUUCUUCCAUACCUUCCGGAACUAAUCCAACAUGUUGGCGUCCCCAAACCUGAGGUCGCAAAAUGGGCCGGUAUCGCUUCAGCGGUCGCAUCCGUGAGCCAAGCCAUCAUGGCCGUCCCCUGGGGCGCGCUAUCCGAUUAUAUAGGCCGCAAGCCAGUAAUCAUUAGUGGGCUGUUCUGCACUAUGAUCCUAUCGCUUGUUCUGGGUAUGUCCUCGUCCCUCACCAUGGUGCUUGUAACCCGCGCCCUGAUCGGGCUGAUGAACGGGAACGUGGGUAUUAUCCGGACCAUGGUUGCGGAGAUUGUACCUGAGCGGGAACUCCAGCCACGGGCGUUUAGUAUCAUGCCGCUUGUCUGGACCAUUGGUAGCAUCUUUGGACCUGCGUUUGGGGGUGCAUUAGCGCGGCCGGCGGAUAAACAUCCUGGACUCUUUGGAGGCUCGGAGUUUUUGAAGAAGUACCCGUUUGCGUUGCCGAAUAUUGCAGCGGCUUGUUUCUUUGUUGUUGGGAUUUUGAAUGGGAUUUUGUUUUUGCGCGAAACACAUGUUACUAAGAAGGAACGACGUGAUUUGGGUCUUGAGCUUGGAAAGGCACUUACUCGGCCUUGUACUUCGCGGAAUAAGCGGGGUACAGAGACGAAGAAUUCGGAUUCGGAUGAAGAGCGGGCUACCUUACUUCCUCGCAAGAAGCAAGAAGCGAUACCCAUUGCUCGGCCCAGCUGGGGCCAGGUCUUUACGCCGCAGUCUUGUCUGAUCUUAACCUCCUAUACACUGAUUUCCGGACUGGGAAUGGCCUUUGAUGCUGUAUUCCCUGUUUUUCUCAAUUACCCAGUUCAAGACUUAAACAGUCCAGAUGUCCAGCUGCCUUUCAAAUUUGCAGGUGGAUUCGGCGUUGACUCCCAAACCAUCGGCAUCUACUACACAAUUAUUGGAAUUGUCGGCAUGGUCAUCCAAUUCCUUGCCUUCCCACCAAUCGCCAGGCACCUCGGUAUCCUACGCUGCUUCAAAAUCUCCGCUAUCUGCAUGCCAAUCAUCUUCUUCCUAACACCUUUUACAGCUAUCGUCCCAGAGCCCUUCAAACUACCAGCCGUUCUCCUAAUCAUGCUCGCCAAGCUCGGCACAACGGUCUUUGGUGUUCCAUGCUGCACGAUCCUGCUUACGAACUCUGCUUCAAGUAUGACGGUUCUUGGCACGUUGAAUGGAGUCGGAACGAGCGUUAGCGCUCUAGGUCGUGCGGCAGGCCCAGCGCUAAUCGGGUCUGCGUUUUCCUAUGGUGUGAAGAAGGGGUAUGUAAUUAUCCCAUGGUGGUUACUGAGCGCAUUGGCGCUGUGGAGUGUUGUUCCUGCUUUCUGGAUUGUGGAGCAAGAUGGCCCUCACCGGGUUGUGGUAGAGGAAGAGGUAGAGGAGGAGCAGGAGCAGGAGGCCUCUGUUGGUGUGUAUGGUGCUCUUGUGUCAAGUGAAAAUGGUGUGAAGGGUGCAAGGGACGAUUGA